AUGGCAGCGCUCGUUUUCUUCCAACUAUAUAUUGCAGCCCAAGGCUCAGGAGACCCACUACCUCAAGAAUCGAAAGAUACAUUCAAGGCUUUUAUCUCGCUCUACAGCGACAGACUGAAAUGGAGCGAUGAGUGGGCAGCAAAGGCGCUGGAAUAUUUGAAGUCACCGAACACUGUGAAGGCUGACAUGGUUAUCACAGGAAAUCAGUCCUUUUCACAGAAUAAUACGCAGUUGCUACGAGAGAAACUGCUCAAAAUCCUCAAACCACGCAUUGACAAAAAGGGAAAAGCAAUUAAACGCCUUCCUGCGGGCACGGUCUAUGGAUGCAACGGUGUUGUCGACAAAAAAGGGAACGAGGAUUCCAUUUCCGCUGCCUGUCUCUACAAAAAACCCUGA